GCGGCGGACGCCUCAGAGCCUCAGAGAGACAAUGGGCAACACGAAGAGCAGCGCUCUGUCCAGGGAGCUGCUGGACGAGCUCAAGUCCAACACCAAGUACUCGGAGGGCGAGCUGUGUACCUGGUACCAGUCCUUCCUGAAGGAGUGUCCCAGCGGGAAGAUCACGCAGUCGCAGUUCGAGGGCAUCUACGCCAGCUUCUUCCCCGGCGCCGACCCCACCGCCUACGCCCGCCAUGUCUUCCGCAGUUUUGACACCAACGCCGACGGCACCCUGGACUUCAAGGAGUACAUUGUGGCGCUGCACCUCACCUCGGGGGGCAAGACGCUGCAGAAGCUGGAGUGGGCCUUCGCGCUGUACGACGUGGACGGAAACGGCACCAUCAGCCAGAGCGAGGUCCAGGAGAUCGUCCGGUCGAUCUUCAACAUGAUCCCCACCGACGACCAGAAGAACCUGCCGGACGACGAGAACACGCCGGAGAAGAGGGCCGAGAAGAUCUGGACCUUCUUCGGGAAGAAGGACAACGAGAAAAUCUCAGAGGGGGAGUUCAUCGAGGGCGUGAUGGACAACAAGGACAUCCUGCGGCUGAUCCAGUACGACGAGCCGCAGAGGAUCAAAGACAAGCUGAAGGAGAAGAAGCAGUGACGGAGGGGCGGCAAGGGGCAAGGAGAGGCAAGAAGGGGCAAGGAG